GGCACCCCCAUCCCGGGGGGGUUUGGGCCUCUCCAAACGCUGGUCCCGGGGAAAUGGGGGUCCCUUGGGAUUUGGGAUUUGAGGGGGGGUCCCCUGGCAGGGAGAGAAGAACCACGGCUUCGACGUCCUGUACCACAACAUGAAGCACGGGCAGAUCUCCACCAAGGAGCUCGCUGACUUCGUCCGGGAGAGGGCUGCCAUCGAGGAGAACUACGCCAAGGCCAUGGUGAAGCUGUCCAAGAUGGCCACGAACGGGACCCAGCUGGGGACUUUCGCUCCUCUCUGGGAGGUUUUCCGCAUCUCCUCGGACAAGCUGGCCCUGUGCCACCUGGAGCUGAUGAAGAAGCUGCACGACCUCAUCAAGGAGAUCUCGCGCUACGGCGAGGAGCAGGGCCGGGUGCACAAGAAGUCCAAGGAGGAGGUGGCGGGGACGCUGGAGGCCGUGCAGCUCCUGCACGGCGUGGCCCAGCUGCUGCCCAAGUCCAAGGAGAGCUACCACAGCAAGUGCCAGGAGUACGAGCGGCUGCGCAAGGAGGGCACCAGCCAGAAGGAGAUCGACAAGGUGACAGCCCCCGGUGUCCCCGUCACCCCCUGCCCUGGGUGGUCCCUGGGUGGUCCCUGGGUGGUCCCUGGGUGGUCCCUGGGUGGUUGGUGCCGCCUGUGCUGUCCCCGAUGGUCCCGGAGUCCCCUUCAGUGGUGCCCUCGUGGUGGUUCUUGUUCCUCUUCCCUGGUGGUUCUUGAGCCUCCCUGCAUGCGCUUCCAGGAGGUGGAAGAAGCCCACCUGCGGCACAUGAAGGGGCUCAUCGGCUCCUACUCCCACUCCGUGGAGGACACCCACGUCCAGAUCGGCCAGGUCCACGAGGAGUUCAAGCAGAACGUGGAGAACAUCGGCACGGAGAUGCUGCUCCGGAGGUUUGCCGAGAGCAAAGGCACGGGCAGGGAGCGCCCAGGAGCGUUGGAUUUCGACGAGUACCGGCUGGCUCCAGCGCAGGAAGGACCCAAGAGGAGCCGGAGCAAAGCGUUCCGGAUCCCGGGAUUGAGCCGUAAGGAGCGGGAGCGUGAUGCUGUGUAAGAGCCUGAAUCCUGGUGUUCCU